GAGAUUGCACCUCGCUGAUGACGUGUUCACUUCCCUACCGUUCGCUAGCUCGCUAGCGUAGCAACCUGUCAGAAUAAACGUGUUACAACAAAAGUAGUGUGAUAAAGUAACGGAACCCACGGGGUUUCAUUCAGUCACGGAAAAUGGAGACGCUUUAUCACCAGACGAACAAGCAAAUCCAGGAGGUGCAAUCUCUGAUGGGAAAUCUGGAGAAGACAGACCGUCAGUCGGUCCACUUGUUAGAGAACGAACUACAAGCUAGAAUCGACCAGAUCUUCAAUCAUUUAGAACGCCUUGAGAUCCUGGCCAACAAGGAACCACCGAACCGCCGCCAGAACGCCAAAUUACGAGUGAACCAGCUUAAAUAUGAUGUUCAGCACCUCCGGACUGCCCUACAAAAUUUCCAACACCGACGCUAUGCCAGAGAGGCCCAGGAGCUGGAGAGGGAGGAACUCAUGAACCGCAAAUUCACCACCAAUGACGCAGAUACCACCAUCCCCAUAGAUGAGACCCUACAGUUCCAAUCUAACUUGCACAACGCACACAGAGGCAUGGACGACCUCCUGGGCAGCGGCACGAACAUCCUCAACGGCCUCCGAGAUCAGAGAUCGACACUGUCGGGGACCCACAAGAAGAUGCUGGAUGUGGCCAACAUGUUGGGGCUGUCGAACACAGUGAUGAGACUUAUAGAAAGGCGAGCCACCCAGGAUAAGUUCAUCAUGAUCGGAGGCAUGCUGCUGACCUGCGUCUUCAUGUUCCUGGUGAUCAGAUACCUGGGCUGACCACCAUCCAUCCACAAUGACGAUUUUCAAUCAGUCGAGGACAUUUCCGCAGCACAUCAUCCCUCAUGAUAUGAAUUUUUAACAUUAAAGUAAUUUUUAUAAAUUGUGCCAUUAUAUUCAGCUUUGUUUUAUUUUAGGUUGGAGACCUUAAUUACAGACAGUAUUUUUUCUGAUGUUGAUCUGAUGUUGAACUUUCCUGAUCAGCUUUCCUCCAGAUACUGCCACACACCCAUUUUUAUCAAACCACUUCUGUAAAAACUGUAAAUCACUCUUGUGACUGUGCCCAAAUAGCUUCUUCGAAAUACUUCCAAUAGCUAUUUAUACUGAACUUUUUUGAAAAGCUGUUUGUUUUGUUCCUUCAGUUGUCAUUAAUACUGUCAGUGUCACUAUGCCUUGUCCAGCAUGGUUCAUAGAGAAACAGAAAUACUGGUGUGAAAAUGUUCAUAAUGCUGUGUCUCAUUACACUGCAACUCCAGAAUACUCACAGGAGAAUCUUUGGUUUUACGGAUCAUUUUGUACAGUCCAUACCAGCUUAGUAGGUACACCUGGCUGAUACGACAAGUCCAAUACAAGACGACGACAAAGUGUGACGAACAGGAAAAUAAAAAAGCAUCAGUAUAAUGUGGUGCAAUUCAGCAGCACGAUAAACUACAACCUCUAAAUUGUCAAAGAGUUCAAUUAACACAUCGUAAAAGCACUUUAAUAAAAACUGGAAAUUCAGAUCUUGAUGGUUUAUUGCAGUAUUAGACUAUAUUAGCAAGCUGUACCUAACAGACUGGGAAAUGGCUGUAUGUUAUACACCCAAGAUAAGCAGGAUGGCAACAAAGGUCCACUGAGAAAUACAAUGGAAUCAACAGCCCUUUCCUAAUGGUUACAUGUUCUCUCUUGGGUCUAGUCUCACUGUGCGAGUGAUUUCAUUCUCCUAACAGAAUAAAACAUGCAUCAUUUCCUUUGUA